AUGCCGCCUCAUUUGCGCAGCGCGUCAGCACGCGCGUACUCAGGAAACCAAAAUGGCGAAUCCUCCAGCAAAGCCACAGCCAAGACCUCGAAGGCUACUGCAACGAAGGGGCGCAAGAGAAAGCCCACCGACUCGCAAUCAUCGAGUAGACCUAAGCGAGGAAGGCGGGCUAAGGCAUCCAACACCCAGGAACCAGAAGAGGUUCCCGACGAGAAACGUAAACCGCGCCUAACAACGCCAGACUUAGAGUUCGACUAUGAUCGUUCUCAGCUGCGCGAUCCGCGUCCCACACCCGGACGUGUAAGGCGACCGCGAUGGGAAGAUUUUGACAUGCCGGAGGGCUUCAAAGAGCGGUUCUAUAUUCCCGAGCCCGAGAAUCCCAAGGGCCGGACCAAAGCUAUACGAGAGUACAAUCGCCGCGAGCAAAAAGAUCUUCUGGACCCCAGAGAAGCGUUCCAUGACUUAUACGUAUGCCUUGAAAAGGGUCCCGAGGGCUCGCCUACUUAUGAUGCCGCCGGCUUCCAGUUGGACUGGGAAAAAGUGGACUCCACGAUGCACGGGUCAUACACUAGGUCGGGAGUAGUAAAUGCGAUGGAGAAUGUCGUAGAUAGAAUGGAGUGCGAGGAGCGCGACAUGUUCAAGAUGUUCUUCGUGGAUGGCAAGCCGCCAGAUGCCGAAUCGACGACAGUCCUCCAAUAUUUGCAAGACCACGUCUCCAAGGAUCUCGGCGUACCUUGGCAUCAGAUUGGCUCUAACUAUCUUGUCGAAUGGGAGAAAAGGGGGUUCCCGAAGCAAAAGGCCGGAAAGUGGUGGCGAGAGCCGAAUGGGAUGGAGGAGCGUAGGAUGAUGAAGAUGGAGUCUGGUGCUUCGUUAAGGAAAGACUUGUAG